CCAGCUGAGUGCUUGCUCUCUCGCUGCGCGUGUGUGCGUGUGUAUGCGCGUGUGUGCGUGUGCGUGUGUGUGUGUUGUCAUUAUUAUCCACUCUGCUCCCAGCUCAGAAUGGCCAGAUUCACUCAGACUGAAACAAGAAGGCAGCACCAUCCACAGCAGUCCCAGCCCGCUCACUCCAGCCUGGUUUUCACCGGACCGGGGGCACCACCGACCCACCAACCAUUACUACUUCUCCCACAUCAGCACCAGUACCCCCAGCUUACACUCCCGAAACCCAUGAACGGGUCAGAACCCAUUUCAAUUCAUCCGGAGAGCGGCAACAUGAAAGACCAAGAUGCCAUUAAGCUGUUUAUCGGGCAGAUACCGAGGAACUUGGAGGAGAAAGACCUGAAACCCCUGUUUGAACAGUUUGGGAAAAUCCACGAACUGACAGUUCUCAAGGACCGAUACACCGGCAUGCACAAAGGUUGUGCAUUCCUCACCUACUGCGCCCGUGAGUCUGCCAUCAAGGCCCAAAACGCCCUCCAUGAACAGAAAACACUGCCAGGGAUGACCCGCCCCAUCCAGGUGAAACCGGCAGACAGCGAGAGCCGUGGAGAAGACAGGAAGUUGUUUGUCGGGAUGCUGAAUAAACAGCAGACUGAAGAGGAUGUUUAUCGUCUCUUUGAGCCCUAUGGAGUCAUCGAGGAGUGCACAGUCCUAAGAGGUCCUGACGGAAACAGCAAAGGUUGCGCCUUCGUCAAGUUUUCUACACACACUGAGGCUCAGUCUGCAAUCGGCGCCCUGCACGGCAGCCAGACCAUGCCUGGCGCUUCUUCCAGCUUGGUGGUCAAGUUUGCCGACACAGACAAGGAGCGCACCAUCAGACGUAUGCAGCAGAUGGUGGGGCAGUUUGGCAUCUUUAAUCCAGCCAUCGCCCUUCCCUUUAGCACCUACAGCUCUUACGCACAUGCGCUCAUGCAGCAGCAGGCAGCCAUCAUGGCAGCAACCCAUGGAGGUUAUAUCACGCCUAGCGUGGCCUUCCCUGCCACGCAGAUCCACCAGAUGGGGGCGCUCAACAUCAACAGCCUCCCACCCACUCCCAUGACCCCGGUGUCGAGUGAGUUUCAUCAGACCCUGGCAGGCCUGAGCUCUCCGCCAGCCAACAUCACCACCUCCGCCGUCCCCAGCAUCGUCACUCCCAUCGUCAACGGAUUCACCGGCAUCCCUCAUCAGCCCAACGGGCACCCUGCUGUGGAGACGGUGUACACCAAUGGCCUGCCGCCCUACUCCACCCAGAGCCCCACCGCCGCCGACACCCUGCAGCAAGCUUUCACUGGCGUUCAGCAAUACACAGCAAUCUACCCAGCCACCACGCUGACUCCCAUCGGCCAAACACUGCCCCAGCCGCCCCAGGUCAUCCAGCAGCAGCAGCAGAGAGAAGGUGAGGGUCCAGAGGGGUGUAAUCUCUUCAUCUACCACCUGCCGCAGGAGUUUGGAGACAAUGAACUCAUGCAGAUGUUUUUGCCCUUUGGUACAGUCAUCUCUUCUAAGGUCUUCAUGGACCGGGCAACCAACCAGAGCAAGUGCUUUGGUUUUGUCAGCUUUGACAACCCUGCUAGCGCACAGGCAGCUAUUCAGGCCAUGAACGGCUUUCAAAUCGGGAUGAAGAGGUUGAAAGUCCAGCUAAAGAGACCGAAGGAUGCCAGCCGCCCUUACUGACACAGCCUACCUUCAGUAUUCACUGCAGCAGCACAGAGUUUAGAGGACACACGUGAAGAUAUCUGGGAGGAGGUCAGCUUUUUUUCUUUGAGAGCAAGCAUAUGUUUUAAAAAAAUCAACACGUGAGGAGUUUUGGGAGACAUAUCAACACUUAUCAACACAAGAGGAUACAAGUUAGAGCAGUAACAGGAGGUGUGGCAAAAGGAAGGAGGAAAAACACGGCGCUUCGAUGGGGACUUAACAGCAACAGAUGGCACAGAACAGCGAGAAGAAAGAAAAACUGGAAAAGAGACACGACGGGACUGAACAACAGAACUUUUUCUUGUUAAGACUUGAAUUGUUAAGUAAGCAACAAACAAAAAAAGCAGCAACAACAAAUAGAUUUCUAUAUACAUAUUAUAUACACACAUAUAUAUAUAUAUAAAUAUAUAUAUAUAAGGAACAAAGAGGCGCUUGUGGCUUUUACUGGACAAAUGAGGGUUAAAACUUGAAGAUUAAAAAAAAAUACAGUGGAUAAAAGAACCAAUUCUACACGUCCACUGACAGACUUUCUUUCUCUUUCCCUCUUUCUCUUAUUCUCUCACCGUCUCUCAGCAAGCGCAGAACUAUGACUCUUGGAGGUCACUGAGGUUUCCAAUAGCAAAAGUAGAACUGCAAUUCUUUCACCCCUAAGGGACCAAAGGACCAAACAUUUUUAUUGUUCUGAACAGCGAUAUAUAUAGUAUUAAUGAUACUAAUACUACAAACUACUACUAAUAAUAUUACAAGUUAAACUUAAGAAGAAAUACUAGCUUCAGGUUGAAAAAAAAAAAAAAAAAAGAACAAGGGUUUUGUUUUUGUUUUU